GGAAUUCCUAAAGCUACCGUCUUGAACCUCGCUUACAAAAAAAAACUGCACCAUGUCCCACAUUAUCUCCCCUCCAAAUUUUCAGCAGCCAUGAAUAAUACCUUCUUCAUCUCAAUUCUCUCAUGGCCAUUCUCCUCUCCCUUCCUCCACACCCCCUAAACCCUCCCCAAAACCUCAAUUCUGCCACCACCAAACCCAUCUCUCUCCCCGCUCCCAAACCCACCGCUUUCACCACCAUCUCCAAGAGGCACUUUAUCCUUAAAACUACUUCGCUCUCCAUCAUUUGCUUGACCCCAGCAUACCCAGUUGCCCAUUCUUCAGCUGAACCUUCAGUGCCACCGAAACCGGCUGUCUCGGGCAUUGCGAACACCAAGUCUUGGUUCCAGUUCUUUGGCGAUGGGUUCGCCAUUCGUGUCCCCCCACAGUUUGAGGACGUCAUGGAGCCUGAGGAUUACACCGCCGGAUUGUCUCUAUAUGGAGACAAGGCAAAACCUAAGGCCUUUGCUGCAAGAUUUUCGUCACCGGAUGGAUCUGAAGUUUUGAGUGUUGUCAUUCGCCCAACCAAUCAACUUAAGAUCACCUUCUUGGAGGCCAAAGACAUUACUGAUUUAGGUUCUUUGAAGGAGGCUGCAAAAAUUUUUGUUCCAGGAGGGGCAAAUUUAUACUCUGCAAGAACUCUAAAAAUAAAGGAAGAGGAAGGGCUCAGGACUUAUUACUACUACGAAUUUGGCAGAGAUGAACAACAUGUAGCACUAGUAGCUGCUGUUAAUAGUGGAAAGGCAAUUAUUGCCGGAGCAACUGCCCCACAGUCUAAAUGGGAUGAUGAUGGAGUAAGGCUUCGUUCUGCUGCUAUAUCACUUACAGUUCUCUAGUCAUGCUACUAUAAGAUAGAAGGUUAGGACCUCAUGCAAUUUGUGCCUGUGCCAAUAUAUGUCAGGCCAUUGAAAUAAAGAAAGUAACACUGCUUGACAAUCAUUGAUCAACUUUCAGCAGAAAGGCUGAAGCCUUGGCGUCAAGUUCUAGGUUCUGGUUCAGCGGUUGGGAGUCAAGAAUUAACAAUCUUGGCCAAAUUUUGGGGAUUGAGAUAUCGACAAAACUCAAGAGGAGAAAAAGAGUAGUAUUGAUUUUCUGUGACUAAGAGACUAUUGAUUUUCAAUUUUUCCGGUAUCCAGAUUGUUUUCUCACUCUUCAUCUGUGAAACUGCAUUACAGAUGGGAUACAAAAUGCAUCCUGGAUUUGCUUUGCCAUUCUUUAAUCAACUUUUGCUGCUUCCAGAUUCAUGGUUCCAAUGAUUAUUUGCAAAUGGUUUACUCUUGCAGCUUCCUUCCCGGGAAGCCUUAUAGGCAGCUAAAAACCGCAUAGCAUAGAGUUGAAUGGGAAAUUGGUUUGAGGGAAUUCUAAGAUUUUUGAUUUUGUAUGAAGUCAUUUCUCUUCAAUGUUAAUCUGAUAUUUUGAGCAGAGCGCAAUUCCUUCAAUUGAUAUA